AUGGCGCCUAGAAUGCGAGCCGUCUUUGAUUGCCUGAGUAGACGCCAGCUCUGCUUCAAAGGUACCCAGCCAAACAGGUUGAUUCACCCAGAGCAGAAGCCAACAAUCGGCCUCCCCACUUCCCUGUUAGAACCAGCUUGGCCUUUUCGAGGCUCCACCGUUCGCGAGAUGCAGAAACAAGGCGACCAACGUCCGUUGACGGACUGCUGUGAAUUCGCCUCAUUUCUCAUAGUGCGGACCAAAGGAAUGGUCAAUCAGCCUGGCGGGCCGUUGGCCAAAACUGGCGACCGCCCCUCCUCUCCCGCACCGUUCUGUCUGCCUCUUUACUCGUUGCAAGCAACGGCUGUCGUCUUCGAGCACGAACAGAACCGGGAGAAACUGUUUCGAACUCGACUGGCUCGUUCUGCUCUGCGCGACGGCCAACAGAGUUUGUGCGAGAGCCGCAUCCCUCCACCGACCGUUUUCCUCCUCUUCUCUUCUUCUCGUCUUCGCCCAUCGCCGUCGCCAGUCCAUGUUCCAGCGCCCGUCUGCCAGCACUUCUCCCGGCCACCCGCAAUGUCUCUCUGCUGCACUAGCUCCCAGUAA